GAGUCGGGCCGCGGCCGGGGCGGAGCCGGGGCCAUGGAGCCGCCGCUGCCGGGCUAGGGAGGGCCGGCGCCGCCGGGCCCACGGCGAUGGCGGGCUACGCGCGCCGCCCGGGCGUCACCCCGCUGUCCCGGGCCCGCAGCCUCGUCAUUCCGGACGCUCCCGCGUGCUAUGAGCGCCGGUCCUGUCUCCCCCAGCUAGACUGUGGGCGCUCCCGUGGCAGGGACCUGGACUCCCACUUCUUCGGCAUUCGGCCGACCUUUAUGUGCUAUGUACCCAGCCCGGUGCUAGCUUCCGUGGGAGACACAGAUGUUGUCUGUGGAAAGGGGAAGUGUACAAAGCAAGGCCCAUCAGAAGUCCAGGAGACACAUUUUGGAGAUGAUAAACUUGAAGAACUUGAAGAGGCAAAUCCAUUCUCCUUUAAAGAGUUUCUGAAAACCAAGAACGUCAGCCUGUCGAAAGAGGACACAGCCAACAGCAGGCUUUAUGCAAAGGAAGCCACGAGGCACUCACUGGGGCUCGACCGCAACUCCCCAACCUGCCAAACUGUGGGGUUUGGCCUGGAAUACCAGCAGCCGUUUUUUGAAGACCCGACGGGGGCUGGCAACCUCCUGGACGAGGCCGAGGACGAGGACGAUGGUUGGAACGGGGCCUACCUGCCGUCUGCUGUGGAGCAGAGCCACUCGGCGAGGGUGGCUGCCAGCCCGUCGCCCUGCAGCACGUACGUCUCCUUCUUCUCCAGCCCAUCGGAGCUGGUGGGGCCCGAGUCUCUGCCCCCGUGGACGCUGAGUGACUCUGACUCUCGCGCCUCUCCGGCGGGGAGCCCUGGUGCAGACUUUGCAGCCCACGGAGAGUCUCUGGGAGACAGGCACCUUCGGACGCUGCAGAUAAGUUACGAAGCACUGAAAGAUGAGAAUUCUAAGCUAAGAAGAAAGCUGACAGAGGUUCAGAGCUUCUCUGAGGCACAGACAGAAAUGGUGAGGACGCUGGAGCGGAAGUUAGAAGCAAAAAUGAUAAAGGAGGAGAGUGACUAUCAUGACCUGGAGUCCGUGGUCCAGCAGGUGGAGCAGAACCUGGAGCUGAUGACCAAACGGGCUGUAAAGGCAGAAAAUCACGUCAUGAAACUAAAACAAGAAAUAAACUUGCUCCAGGCGCAGGUCUGUAACUUCAAGCGGGAGAACGAAGCCCUGCGCUCGGGCCAGGGCGCCAGCCUGAUGGUGGUGAAGCAGAACACCGACGUGGCCUUGCAGAACCUCCGCGCUGUCAUGGACAACUCACGUGCCUCAAUAAAGCAGCUGGUUUCUGGGGCUGAAACACUGAAUCUCGUUGCCGAAAUCCUUAAAUCUAUAGACAGAAUUUCUGAAAUUAAAGAGGAGAAGGAGUCUUGAGAACCACGGAGAAGCUUCCAGCUCGCAGCUCUGUUUACAUCCUGAAAUCACUACCUGCUGGGUUUAAAAAUGCCAUUGUGUCUUUAAAUAUGCAGUCUUCGCCCAUAGUAAAAAUAUUUAUCACGAGAUACUAAUUUCAUGACCUAGAACAGUAUUAUUAGCCAACGGCGAGGAGGAGCAGCUCCCACAGGUGACCCACACAGCGCUUCUGGUAAACCCUGCUGUGUUGUAGACUAAUGAGCUAUUGGAAGAUGUUUUUAUAAAACACAUUGAGUUUUUUUAAGUUACUGAACAUGGAAACAGCAAUUCUGUGAUGCGCGGUUUCCAUUCUCAUUCCAGAACAUUCAUUGUAAGAUAAAUUCAGUUGAUCAUCCUUCAUUUCACAAGUCGAGAAAAACACUAAAUGAGCCGGAAUUCAGAGGGUUGCCUUGGACAGGGCUGGGGCCUCUCGGCCGCCUCUCCGUGCCCCUCUGGCGCCCAGUCCCUCUUGUGGCUUCACAGGACUGGCUCCUGCGGUUGGUGGCCUGGCCUUAGUGCAGACACCCCAUGUGGCGGACACCAUCCUCCCACGGGGACCGAGGUCGCACAGGUGUCCACACUGUGAAACCAUCUAACACACCUUCAGGGGCCUUCGAUUUUGAAAAGCUGCUUUUGGCUGGAGGGUUUUGGUACC